UUGAGGGAAGUCACAAGCCACACCGUUUAUUCUGCUUGUGUCCAGCUGCCGGUUCACACAGGUUGCUCCAUUAAGCACGUGGGAAGGUAAAGAAGGCUUGCACAAGCAGCAGGGUGUGAGGGAGGACCAACAUCAGCCACAGCCCACGGUGGCCAUGGAAGUGGGGGUACUUGGGUCGGCAGUGCAAACAACUUUGACCCGCGCUCCCGAAGGUUAGAGCCAGGGAUGCCUGGCCCCCUCGGCUGGCGUUCAGGGCGAGGAGGCUGACAGGGUGGGACCCUCCCAGGACUCCCCAGAGCUAAGGGGAAAGGCUGCGUCUGAUCACCACUGAGGCUCCUUCCAGACUUGACAUUUUGUGAUUGGGUCGUUGCCGGGCCCACCUUCCGUCCCUUCCUCCAGGAAGCCUGACAGGUUUAAUCUGCCGGACCCCUGCGACAGAGGGCGCGCCGGCUGUGGCCCUGCCUGCAAAGGAAGCCACGAUCACCAGAAAAUGGAGCCGUUGUCGCCGGAAACUCCAACUCCCAGCAGCCCGCAGAGGCGCAGGAGCGGGCCGACGCCCGGCGUGCUUCGCGCGGUCCAACGCGUCUUGGCUUCCGCGGGCCCCAACUUCCGGUUCCCAGCGCGCCUCGCGGCGCAGACUACGACUCCCAGCAUGCAGAGGGGCCAGGCGGGGGUGUGCUUCCGGCCCGCGGUGAGACUGCGUUUCCUGGAGAGUCGAGGCCCGGCGCUGGCGGCGCUCGGGGCACACGUGCAGGAGGUGACAGGCGGAAGCUCCGCGGCGCGGCGGGAAGAGGAGCAUGCGCGAAAGCCCCGCUGAGGCGAGCACUCCAUCCUCUCCGGGAUAUGGAGGGAAAGAAGGAAGAGAUCUAUCCAGGGGGCUGGCUUCGGAGAUCUUCCCCGCUGCCGCCAAGAGCUUCAGAUUCAUGAUUGGCGGAAGUUAAGGGACUUCUUGCAGCAGUCACACCCAAGUCGUGGGUCUUAACACCGGCUCUGCUCCUGUCAAACUGUAUGAACGAGGACAAGUCGCUUCAGUUUGCAUGGCCUUGGUUUCCUUGUCUCCUGUUCGCCUUCCUUACGGGGAAGAUCAAAUGCCAAGCUGACGAGGAAGGUUUCUGGGCCUUUUGCUGGUCAGCCUCCACCAUGCGUCUCUCUGCCCUGCUGGCCUUGGCGUCCAAGGCCACUCUGCCCCCCAACUACCGCUACGGGAUGAGCCGCCCCGGCUCCCUGGCAGACAAGAAGAGGAACCCUCCAGGGAGCAGGCGCCGCCCGGUGGCUGUGGAACCCAUCUCUGAUGAAGACUGGCAUCUUUUCUGUGGGGACAGGGUGGAGAUCCUAGAAGGCAAGGAUGCCGGGAAGCAAGGCAGAGUGGUCCAAGUGAUCCGGCAGCGGAACUGGGUGGUCCUGGAGGGGCUGAAUACGCAUUUCCGCUAUGUCGGCAGGACCAAAGACCAGCGGGGAACCAUGAUCCCUAGCGAAGCACCCCUGCUCCACAACCAGGUCAAACUUGUGGACCCUGUGGACAGGAAACCCACUGAGAUAGAGUGGAGGUUCACCGAGGCAGGAGAGCGGGUCCGAGUCUCCACAAGGUCGGGAAGAAUUAUCCCCAAACCGGACUUUCCCCGAGCGGAUGGCAUUGUCCCUGAAACGUGGACUGAUGGCCCCAAAGACACAUCAGUGGAAGAUGCUCUCGAAAGAACCUACGUGCCCCGUCUGAAGACGCUGGAGGAGGAGGUGAUGGAGGCGAUGGGGAUCCAGGAGACCCGGCGACACAAGAAGGUCUACUGGUACUGAGCUGAGCAGAGCAGCUUGUCCCAUCCUGGCCCAGAGAGCCGGGGCUCCCCUCCUCCGAUGCCAAGAAACAGCCCGAGCCCUGCUCUGCACGCAGCUGCUGUCUGCCAGCACCCACCUGGCGCCCACCCCUGCUUCAAAGACUGAAGGGAGGGGCCUGGGUCGGAGGUUAAGCUGGAACCUGGGUGUGAGCUGGCCAGCCCUAGGGUAGCCCUCCGCAAGGGUGGGGCUAAAGGGGCAGAGGUCCCCCAUCACCACCCCGUGGGGAUCUCUGAGUAACAAGAUGCUGCCUGUUCUGAGGGCAGUAGGGGUUGCAGAUGAGCCCCAACUGUCAUACCUCGGCAGGACCUCACGGAAGGGGCGGGCUACUUUUUUCUGUAUUUAACAGAAAUAGAAGAAAAAUAAAUAUUUCAUCUUUUAAUAAAUUAAAAA